GUUGAUCGGAAUUGGUCGGUCGAGGUGUGAAAAACUCUGCUGCCUGCUCCUUCCGAAGAAAAGGAGGUUAAUGUAGCCCUUGCUGGGGAAAAGGACCUUCUUCAGCCCUUUGGUUUUUCUGUCUGUCCUCUCAGUUUUUGUUUCGGUGUUUAGUGCAAAUUAGUGAACGUCGUCAUCCCUUAAAAGACUCAGGUAAAGAAUUUUCACCAGGUCGUGGACGUGUGUGUGUGUGAGUGUGUGUAGUUGAGGAUUUAAGGCCAGGAUAAGCUGGAAAUUUUCUCGGUCGAAUGUUCCUGAAGCGAGAAAGGGGUUUUUGAUUUUCCCCCCGAACCUCCCCCCGCAGAAGCAGCCAACCAAGGAUUAGGCAGUUUUUCGUUUCUCAACGUUGCAUGUUUCAUAACUUAUCCGUUUUUCAACGCAAGGAAAAAACCCCCUAACGAUAGUAAUCCGAAAUCUGGACCAGGACGACUGCGCUGCUGUUGGUGCCGCCAGUAAAUCAGGUCACCUCGGGAUAUCGCAAAUCGGAUAACCGCGUGCAUUGCUGACUGGAUGAUCCGCACAAAUCAUCGACAAACGACGACGAGGAAGCUGCACUCCGAAUUAGGAGCUUACUAAAUUGCCACUGAGUGGUGUUACUUAAAGACUAAUUUAGUGAGCCGCAGGAUGUUUGUGGAUCUGUACGCGUACUUGACGAACCUGCCCCGAUGGCACAUAUUCGCCAUAUUCCUGGUGGGGUAUUUGUUUUACUACUUGAUGGAGGUGGUUAAGCGACCUAUUCUGGCCGUAUCGGACGGACCGUUCAAGCGGUAUCUGCGCAAACACAUCCCGAUCCUGGGCAUGAAGUUCUGGCCCACGUUCUGGUGCGUGGAGAGCCGGGCCCAGACGGUAUUCGCGAGCAUAAUCAGGUCCAACAUUAUGCCCAACAUCGAAUACAGGCGGGAGGUGCUGGCCAUGAAGGACGGUGGCCAAGUCGCGCUGGACUGGCUGGAGAGCAACUGCGAUCCGGAGUCACCGCUGAUAAUAAUUUUGCCCGGAUUAACAGGUGAAUCCCAAGCCGAGUACAUCAAGUGCCUGGUGACGGCGGCUAAUCGCAUCGGCAUCCGGACGGUCGUGUUCAACAACCGGGGUCUCGGUGGGCUGGAGCUGAAGACCCCCCGGUUGUACUGUGCCUCCAACACGGACGAUCUGGCCGAGGUGAUCCAUCACGUGAAGAAGACCAACCAGCACGUGAAGAUUGGUGCCACCGGGAUAUCGAUGGGAGGGCUGAUCCUCGGCAACUAUCUGGCCAACUACAGCGAGGAGUCCAAGUCGAUUUUGACGGCGGCGCAAAUCAUCUCCGUUCCGUGGGAUGUCAACAAGGGAUCGGACAGCAUUGAACAGCCAUACCUGAACAGUAUGCUCGGCCGUCAUUUGGCGGGAAGCUUGUGUCGGACUGUACGUAAGUACGACAUCUUACGAGAUAAAAAGUUCGAUUGGGAUAUGGACCGAGUACUGAAGAGCAAAACCAUCAAGGAGUUCGACUCGCUGUUCACCUCGAAGCACUUUGGCUACAAAAACGUAGAUGCGUACUACGCCCAAGCCACGUUGCACAAUAAGCUCCACAAAAUAAAAGUGCCUCUGCUGUGUCUCAGCGCCGCCGACGAUCCGUUCCAGCCGCUGGAUGCCAUCCCGGUCAAGGCCGCGGCCAAGUCCUCGCACGUGGCGAUCGUCAUAACCGCCCGCGGGGGUCACAUCGGCUUCCUGGAGGGCUGGUGGCCCGCCAACAAGGACCAGUACAUGGGCCGACUGUUUAGCCAGUUCUUUGAGAAGACACUGUUUGAUGAAAAGUCUGAGUUUUAUCGCACCUCGCAGGUCAUGAUGGAGCACAACUUGCAGACGUCGACCUCGGUCCCGAACACGCCCGUUUAUGGUUCGUCCAGCAGUCCCAUCCGGAAGAAAUCGAUACCAUUCUAAUGGAAUGUCGUUCGAUCGCUGAUCGAGGUUGAUUGAGGGGCAGCUUCCUCGCGUGUGCACGUGUGCAUGUGUUGCGUGUGUGCAUGUGUGCGUGAGUGUGUGAAGCUGAUAAUCUUGUCCAAAUCAUCAAUCAAAUGCGAUAGAUUUUGUGAUACGUUACAAUUAAAGAAAAAAUGAGAGAAAAGAAAAUCACUAACAUUGUUGUUACGGUUGAACCAUAAAUCAGAACAGGAAUUCAAUUAAGGUCUUAGACUCUCAAACAACGAUUUUACAUGCAUGUUGUGGUUUUAAAACAAAAUAAUAAUUUAUUAACAAAUUUUUAUCGCGUUAAACAGUUGUCGAUUAUGGGACGACGAAAAGCUCUAGAAUUUCUCGCCAACGUUAUGCAACGCAAAUUUCGAAGCUUUAAAGUAAAUAGUCAACGCGAAACGAUGCCUUUGUAAAGAAACAAGAAAAAAAGUUAGCGAUAGGUCACGUUUGUUAAAUUAAAAAAACACAGACUAGUCUAAUUUGCGGUUGAUUUUUAAAUUCUUGACUCCUGAUCAAUAUGUAUGCAACAACGUUGCGAAUAAACUACAAGUACUAUUAGAAAAAAAAACUCUAGGCCAUUUCUUCAACCGACAGUAACUUUACUAACAGAAUAUUUCCAAAUCCUACUGUAAGUUCUAUCAUAGUCGUUGAUUCUAAUACCUGGAAGCACAAUGCUAACGGUUAGUCUAUUUGGGAACACAAACGUAGUGGAAGCAAUACAUUGUCAUGUUAAGAAUUUAACUUUACAUUAAAACAAAAACAAAAGAUUGAAGCAAUAAACGGAAUAGUUUUUAUUCACAUAUCAUAAAGUUUGAAACGUACGAGCCAGCAGACAUGAUCAUCGCAAAAAACAUCAAACAAUGCAAUAAAAUUAAACAAACUCUAACAUUUAAGUCUAUUUUGUAACAAUAAGAAAAAACAAACUAAAUCUUAGCGGAUGGUUGCUUCAGCAAACGUCCAACCAACAGCGAUUUAUCCCUAAACAACUUUAACUUAAAAAUAACGUAAAACACCAUUCUUAAAAAAAACUCUAAAUAGUAAUAAAAUCGAUUCCGAGCGAAUCACACAGUUCUAUCCGGUCAAUUCUUUCAAUCAGUUCCAAACUCACACUACAAUAUAGAUACGUUGCUGACAAGAUGGCGCACUAGAGAGUGUUCAAAUUCAAUUUAGGUUAAGGAAGAAUACUCAAAGUUACAAUUAAAUUUAACACACAACACACACACA